GGCGGCCGAGAAGCGAGGCGGUCGCUGCCGCAGAGGGGCGGCCUUGCCCGCUCGGGGUGGCUCCCGCUGCCUCUUCCUGCCCAUCGGCCCCGCUGGAGUGGAGGACGAGCCGGAAUCUGGAGCAUCCUCGGCGAGAAGACGCCCGAGGGGGUUUUGUUCUGCGGGGCUUGGCCUUCCUGCCAUGGCAACAGUUGUGGCCGAGAAGCUCAGCCAUCUGUUCAUCAAUGUCCAGCACCUCUGGAAAGUCCCACGGCUCCUGGAGAAUGCCCUUCCUUCCUCAUCCUGCACUGUGGGAGUGUCAGACGUGCCCCGACUUUUCCGGAAGCCGUAUAUCCACACCGGCUACCGCCCUCUCAACCGGACCUGGAGAUACUACUUCCUUUCUCUCUUCCAGCAACACAACGAGGCAGUCAACGUCUGGACGCACCUGGUGGCCGCCAUGAUCCUGCUGCUGAGGUUCUGGAGGCUCUCCCAGGCGGUGGAUUUCCUCGGCGACCCACACACGCAGCCCCUCUUUGUCAUCGCCGUUUCCUCUGUCGUCUACUCAACAUUCAGCACCCUGGCGCAUCUCUUGCAAGCCAAAUCAGAGUUCUGGCACUACGCCUUCUUCUUCUUGGACUAUGUGGGUGUCGCCACUUACCAAUACAGCAGUGCCUUAGUACAUUACUACUAUGCUAUAGAGCCCGAGUGGCAUGCCCGGGUUGUGAGCUUCUAUGUACCAGGAGCAAUCUUGCUAGCUUGGCUUUCCUGCGCUGGCUCCUGCUAUGCCAAAUACAGGUGCCCCCAGCUGUCCUCUCUGCAGGGCCGGCUGUGCCAGGAAAUGCCCUCCGCUGUGGCGUAUGCUUUGGACAUCAGCCCAGUGGUUUACCGCAUCUACGCCUCUUCUGGGCUUGCAGACCCAGCAGUUUUGUACCACAAGUGCCACGUGCUCUUUUUUCUGAUCGGGGCCUUUUUUUUCGCCUACCCAUACCCCGAGAAAUGGUUUCCCGGCAAGUGCCAUUUCGUUGGGCAAGGACACCAGAUCUUUCACGUCUUCCUGCUGCUCUGCACCCUCACCCAGGUAGAAGCGGUGCUUCUAGAUUACGAGACGAGGCGGCCCAUUUACGCUAGGCUGCACAGCGGCCUGGCCCCCAUUUUCUCUGCCCUGUGCCUUUUCGUGGUGGCGUCCUGCAGCUUCACAGCCCUCUACAUGACCAUCAAAGUGAAACGCAAACUGGAUGACAAAGAUGAAUAAAAAAGAAAUAACCACCACCA